AAAAAAUUAAAUUUAUAUGUUAUAUCUUACAGGGGAAUGUAGGUGAUUCCAGAGCAGUAGCAUCAGUUGGUGGUAGGGUACAGCAACUUUCUUUUGACCAUAAACCAAGCAAUGAGAGCGAGACAAAACGUAUAAUUGCAGCAGGAGGAUGGGUAGAAUUUAAUAGAGUAAAUGGUAAUCUAGCACUUUCACGUGCACUUGGAGAUUUUGUAUUUAAGAAGAAUGAUAAAAAGCCUCCUGAAGAACAGAUAGUCACUGCUUAUCCUGAUGUAGUAGUUAGAGAAGUCACUCCAGAUCACGAAUUUAUUGUUCUUGCAUGUGAUGGUAUUUGGGAUGUACUAUCAAAUGAAGAUGUUGUUGAUUUCAUCCGUUCUAGAGUAGCUGCUAAAAUGGAACCUGAACAAGUAAAUUCUUUCAAUUGUUAGAUUAUAAUUGUACAU